CAGACAGCAUUUUUAAUAAGGCUUCUGCCCGGCCAGCUAUCGGGGCCUCAUAAUCAAAGCAAACAGCCAGCCAGCCAGAGCUAAUUCAUUCUGGCUGCAGCAGAGACGGACUUGCGGAGAGAACGGUCGGUGAAUAACCUCGCAGCAUGGCUGGCAAAAUCCAGGGUUUGAGCGAGGAGGAGAGGGAGCACUUCCUCCCCCUUCUACGCAACGCCCAGUGGGUGGAGGUGGUGGGAAGGGACGCCAUCUACAAGGAGUUCAUCUUCAAAGACUUCAACCAGGCGUUCGGCUUCAUGUCCAGGGUGGCUCUGCAAGCGGAGAAGAUGGACCAUCACCCCGAGUGGUUUAACGUCUAUAACAAGGUGCAGAUCACCCUGAGCACACAUGACUGCGGGGGCCUGUCUCAGCGGGACAUCACCCUGGCGACCUUCAUCGACCAGGCCUCGGUGCUCUGAGACGGGCCGCGCUGACCCCGCCCCCCUCGGAUGUUGAUGAUGUCGUCGUUUCGGUGUGACAGUUUGUGCAAGUGAGCCUUUAACCUUAAACCAUUCGGAAGCUCUCAGAUAAGGAAAAAUGUCCCAGCCACCAAACCUAAACAAGGCAGACAUGGCAACCUAGAGCUCUUUUUGUUUACAACACAAAAAAGGAGAGGAAUUUAUCAAGAGCCCCCCCAUUUUGCUGUGGCCUGUGUUUUCACCAAUAGCAAGAGCACCCCCCCCCCUCCCCUACAUGUAUUAAUUAGACAUGACCGGAAGCCGGUUAAAGCAAGGCUCUCCUACUCUGGGAACUGCAGCCGUGCGGUCUCCCUUUCAAACUUUUCAAAUGAACCGUGUGAUUAUCCCUAGGGCACAGCGGCAGUUAAUCUGGCUUUGGAGGGUCCACACAGGGGGCCAAAGGUCUUAUACAUUCCACAGGUGCUGCCGUGCUCACUGUACACCUACGAUGCCUGUCUGUUCACGGUCCGUCUUAAUUCACCCGACUUGACCGAACACGGUCCUGUUCGGGUCCAGACAGGUCAGGACCGCGUACUGCAUUUCUUUUUCCUGAGGCAGAGGGCCUUGUCUUUUUUUUAUCACGCUAAAAAAAACAAGGACUCGAUUUCCUCUGGACAUACUGUGCCUUUCCUUAUCCUCUGUGACUGUUGACUUGUACUUUUGAUUCAAAAUAAAAUAAGUACAGCACGUG